CGCAAUAUUGCUACCAUAGCACUGAAUGUGAGAUAUUUUUCAUAUAUCUUAACUUGAUUAUUGGAAUUUGAAUUUCAAAGCAGUAAAUAAACCGAGAAAGCAGUAUGUCGCGUGAAUCAGUCCAACGUGGAUUUUUCCUGCUGUGUAAAUACCUCCCCGCCCUGGCCUUACAGGGGGUAGGGUUUUUUACCCCUCACUGGAUAGAAAAUGAAAAGUAUAACUGUUCACAAGGACUUCUCGUAAAUAAGAACUGUACCAGUGAUGUCGAAGAUCUCCAUUCCGCCGUGCUGGGUUUGGAGUCCGUCGCCUUCGCCCUCCUUGCCAUAACAACCAUUGUAAAUAUCAUUCUGGAGUGUUGCUAUGGAGAGAACAAUCCCUUGACAACCAAAACUCGCUGCAUCAGCGCAUUUUUCUUCGGAAUCGGAGGUAUUCUGGGAUUGAUAGGCUGUGUCGCUGUUUUUGCAGAGUAUACACACCAAACUAGGGGGUGGUCUUUUUGGGUUAGCUUUGCAGGAUCUAUCGUUGCUAUAGUCACGUGGACAACCUUCAAGGAAAGCAGGGACCUCUUUAAAGACACAAGUUACCAAACACUGUAAUAAAUACAGGACGCACUCUCCACAGAGUCUUGGUGCACGGAGCUAUCUUUUCGGGGGUUUUGUAGGUCUAUGUGUGUAAAUAUUUCAUAUUGUACGGAAAUAUAGAUUAUGAAAAAAUUUACGUAUCCUAAACAAAGUACACUGAUGAAAAGAAACUUGAAAUACGGAAAUAAUUCAUGCUAAAACAUGUACAUAAUUUUAAUUUUAUUUUUAUUUCAAUCUUAUUAAUGAAAUAUAUUUUAAUAUAUAUUAAAAGUCUUAAAGAUGUCAUUAAAGUCAAUUUAUUGAAGGAAUUGUUAUUAUUUUUUAUUAUUAUUAUUUUUUUCGGAUAUAAACUUAUUUCAUUUGAUCAAACUGUAUAUUUGGAUUGAGUUUAAUUCUUCAGUUUUACCGGUAUUUCUGUGCAUGUUGUGUACAUAUUUUUUCUAAAUAUAUUUUGCAAAGGAAUGAUUACUUAUUUGAAACUUUUUUGCUUGUUAUAUAAACCUUGUCGAUUGUUUGAAAUUUUGCACACCCAUUUUGUGUAUUUUAUAUUUGUAUGAUUCGGAAAGAGACUCAUUUCCUUACAUAGCAUAAUAUAUGCUUUUGCUUGUAAUUUCACAGUAUUGUUUGUUAUUGUAAUUUUUUAAAACAAAUUUAUUGCUAAAAAGAUUUGUAUAAUUAAAUAUUUACAUUUGCAAAUGUUUUCCCUUAAAUAAUACUUUGAAUAAGUCGUUUUUAUACCUGUGUAAAAACCAGCUCAUCAUGUGACCAUAAAUUGAUUGUUUAGUCAUAAACGAUCUACGUAAUUUCAUAGUGACGUCAUAAGUGAUCGAUGCGUUCAAUACAUUAAAUUUAUAUCGUUGAAGAUUUAAAAAAUAAAUCAUUUUAUGGGUUUUAAACUAUAGGACAAAACUAUUUGUAAUAAAUCAGUCACAAAUGUAAAUAUAAGUAAUAAGGUAUCAUUUUAAAACUUUUAUCGAGAUGUAAAUACGGGUUGGCACGUGAUCAAAUCUACUAUAAAGCACUUCGGGCUUUAUGGGAUUUGAUCACAUGACCAAUCCGUAUUUACAUCCUAAUAAAAGUUUUAAAAUGAUACCUUAUUUCUUAAAUAACUGAAAUGAAUGCACUUCAACAUUUUCUAAUUUUCUCAAUGAACCUAUCUAUGAUCAUAUUUUAUGAAUAUAUCAGCAGACCUGUCUGACAUAAAUUACAGAUUAAUACGAAUACGAAAUUCUGAAGAUUUUUGGUGAAUCUCUGUUAUUUAUAAAAACAUGAUUUGAAAUUUUUAAAACAAUCAAUACAUAAAAAAGUAUUUCAAAAUGGAAUGGAUUAAAAAUUUUAAAAAUAAACUUUUCUAUAAGAAUU